AUGCGAUCCUCAUUCGUCACCUUGGCCGUUGCUGUCGGCUUCGCGGCCGCACAGCUCCCACAGCUAGACAAGAUCCCCCGAUGCGCCUCCUACAUCUCCGGAACGAAUAUUGCAGGCUGCAAGCCGGCCGACAUUGCUUGCGUCUGCGGAAACAAGGACUUCAUUGGCGGCAUCUCCUGCUGCCUCCAGAAGGACUGCUCCAAGGCUGAUAUUGAUUCUACCAUCAUCUUCGCUAAGCAGCUGUGUGCUGCCAGCGGCGUCAAAACUCCCGAGCAGCUUGUCUGCUCUUCUGGCUCUGGCUCUGCCUCUGGUUCUGCCGCAACCCAGACCGGAAGCUCUAGCCCUACUGCCACGGGCUCGCAACAGAAUACGAGCGCCGCCUCUGGCAGUGCAACUGCUGCCACAACUGCUGCCACUUCGACUCACACUGGUGCUGCUGCUCCUGCCUUUCGCAACCCAGGCGGCCUUCUCGGUGCUGCUUUAGCCAUCGUUGCCGCUCUCUAA